UCUAACCCUAGCUUCAGGCGCUGCCAUCUCCAACAGCCGCCAGCUGCCUCCCGGCGAUUUCCAACUCCCAGCCACCACACCAGGGGGGCAUCCAACCAGUCGAAUCCACAUGUCUUCGUGCCGCCGCCGUCCCGACUGGGUCCUCCUCAACAUCCAUGCCGUCGCCGGCUUCCACAGCAACGGUACCACCGCCAGAGAUAGCACCAGGAACGGGAAGACCAUCGAGGUAUCACUCUGCCCCGCGCUCCCACCACACCCCUCCAACCUGUUCGUGCACAGCUCCGAUAUGAACGUGUGCGUGCCCCCGGUUAUCGUCUGCACGGUGGACGACCUACUCCUCCUACGCGUCAACAUGGGGUGUGGACCCUUCUCCCUCUCGCCUGUGGACUGCGACUAUUUCAUCUACCGGGCUCACGCCAGUCGCCCGUCGCUUGAGAGGCUGCAGCGCCCGCACCCUUUCUUCCAGAACUCCGACGUGGGCCUCCUUCCUCGUCCGGAUGGCCACUACACCGUCGCCGCGUUGAUUGCCAUAGGCCCUGUUCACCAGUACGUACUCCACUUGUUCCACUCUAAGAUCUCGAGCUGGAGUUGCAGCACACUGUCUGUGAAGGCGCCACAGAGGGAGUUCCCAGUGAAAAUCCCCAGUCACUCGGGUCGGCUUCAUCAUCAUUUGACAACCACCGUGAUCACCAUCGGAGGUGAAGGUGGUACUAUGGGCUGGGUCGACCUUUGGCGUGGCAUCCUCUUCUGCGAUGUUCUCGACAACAAGCCCUCCCUCCGUGGUGUGUCACUUCCCUUGCCGUUGAAGGAGAUGAGCUAUAACAAUGGCAUGGGAAUGAAAUUAGGCGCUGCUGGGCAACGCCGUGGCAUUGCCUUCAUCAGAGACAAGGGCUGCCUCAAGUUUGUUCACUUGGAAAUUAGUGACGUUCGUCUUCCCGGCUACGAUGAUGAAACAGGAGCGCCCUCUUUCCGAACGGAUGACUGGGCGGUCACCACAUGGACCAACACAAAGAUGACUGACUCCUUUGAGGAUUGGCACCAGGACUACAUGGUCCAAGCUUCGGACAUCACAAUCGACAACCCAGCGAUUUCAGAGGUGCUGGAAUCUGGGUUGCUGCGCAAACCACGGGGCAAUGGGGCUGCAGCAGAGGAGCUAGCCUUGCAGAACCUCUCGAUGUAUCAGCCCGCUCCCUGCGUGAACGGUAAAGAUGUUGUUUACUUGGUGGCCAGGGAGAAAUUUAUGCACCCGAAGGCAUGGAUUCUCGCUGUUGACAUGGAGAAUAGCGAACUGCAAGCUGUAGUAGAGUUUGGCGCUCAAAUACAUCUUGGUGCAACUGUCAUCUAUUGCCCUAGUAGCAUCUCCAAGUAUACGAAUCCUGCGAAGUACAUUAAUCCGUCAACUACCCCAGUUGAGAAGGGUCCUGCGGGAUUAAAUGAUCAAGACAGUGCUGCGGAGUAAUUUGUGCUCCAAUGAUGUGCGUGAUGCUCACUUGCCAGGGGUGUUUUAAUAAUCUUAGUGUUCACAGUGAUCUCAUGAUGUCACUUGUGACAUAUGUAUAGAAGUAAGGUUGGAGGACCUAUGCUUGUGAAUUUAUGUUUGCCUUUCUAAGUCGAACCAGCUUGUGGUCAUGAAGUCACCGUUAAAGAAUUGGUUGUUCUUUUGUGAUUUAUUUGCUUGCUACUCAAAACACUUUUAUAUAGUGGGUGAUUCGCACUUUUGGCUCU